AAAUGGAACGGUCCAAAUUCCAAAUCAAACCUCCAUCUCUUUUCUCAGAGACAAACGGAAGAAAAUUAAGAGUAGUUGGCGACAUGGGCGUUCUGAUUCUGAUUCUCCUACCGGUUUUCUUAUGCCUGAAUUCACCCAUUUGUUAUGCUCAACAUGAAGACCAAUCUUCCUCGUUUUCUUCGCAUAGAACAGUCAUAGAUGUAAAAGACGGCCCGGAUUCAGUUGUAUGGGUUGUUCAGCUCUCUGAUCUCCAUUUCAGUGUUCACCAUCCUGAUAGAGCCAUCGAUUUUAAAAACCUUGUGCCGGCUGCCCUUGCCAUGAUUAACCCUUCUCUCGUCCUCAUUACUGGUGAUCUUACAGAUGGGAAAAGCAUGGAUUUGUUAGUAAUGAAGCAAAAUGAAGAUGAAUGGGUGGAAUAUAAGAAUGUAAUGGAAGAUGUUGUGAAAAGAAGUGGGCUUGAUGAGAACAUCUUCUAUGAUCUUAGAGGGAAUCAUGAUAAUUUUGGUGUACCAGUGAUUGGUGGCUCAUUAGAUUUCUACUCAAAGUAUAGCAUCAACGGGCAAUUGGGAAGGAGUGGACGUGUAAAUAGUGUCACACUCACUCUUCAGGGUGGUAGACAAAAAUAUCUGUUUGUGGGUUUGGACAGCACAAUGUCUGUUGGCUUACGAGGUCCAACUAAUCUUUUCGGGCACCCAACUGACCAACUUUUGACUGGAAUAGAUUCGGAGCUAUCACAAUGGGAUUCUCAAUCACUUAAACCAAUGAGCAAGAUAUCUUUUGGGCAUUUUCCUCUAUCAUUUUCAGCUUCCUCUCAAUCUGGAAAGACCCUGAACGAUAUCUUCCUUAAGCAUUCACUUUCCGCUUAUGUAUGUGGGCAUCUCCAUACAAGAUUUGGAAAGAACUUAAAAAGACACCACUUGUCAAGUCCUAGUUUUCUAUCUUCUAAGAAGUUUUUCCAGUUUAAUUUACAUCAAACACGAUCAGAAGGCUGUAAGAAUUGUUCAUUUGGCGCUCCACCGGUUGAAGAAUUUUGGGAAUGGGAAAUGGGUGACUGGAGGAAGAGUAGAGCCAUGCGUAUCUUAGCCAUUGAUAGAGGUCAUGUUUCAUUUGCUGAUAUUGACUUUAAUUCAGGGUCCAAAAAGACUAUUAUAUUACCAACAUUUCCACUUGACUCGCGUUUCAUGUCAACAUCUUCAUCACAUCAUGAGUAUGAAUGUGAACAUAUGCUCUCUUCAUCUUAUGAGACAGUGAGAGCUCUUGUGUUUUCUGUUUCUCCACUUGUGUCAGUUGUGGCUAAAAUCUAUGAUACAAGAUACGGAAAGCUUGAGACGGUUGUGGAUGCAUCAAUGACCAAGGUUGAAGAUGAAUCCUCCAGGGGAGAUCUUUAUGUGGUUCCUUGGAAUUAUAAAGCAUUCCAAGACCCAUCAGCUGAUAGAUUCUGGCUGCAAAUAGAAGCAACUGAUAUCAUGGGCCGGACAACUAAGACCGAACGAAGACCAUUUUCUGUAAACGGGAUUCAUGCUAAAGUAUCAUGGACUUGGAGGGAGUUUUUUGUCAUGGGUUGUCAAUGGGAAGCCUUGUAUUACCCAAUUCUUUGGUUGGCUCUGUCAUUUCUACUCUUAAUCCUUCUAAUCCCUAGAGUUUUUCUCUUUUUCUCAAGGAAACAAAUAACUUACAAGAAUGUUCUUGCUGCAAAAGGAUUCAUAAGUGGCAUAGGAUUGGUUUUGCAAGAGCUCUGCAGAUUUCCUAUUGCAUGGUUUGGUUUUCUGGGAUACAUAUUCUACCUGAUUUUGUUUCCCUGGUUCGCCGGACAAGUUUUUACAGAUGGUGAAGAUAGGGGAUACAUGACAUACAUGGGUUGGGUAGUGAAAUUGUCGAAUGAUAAGAGCAGUCACGAUUAUAUUGGAUCUCCUGAUGUCAUGGUUGUUGUUCUUCCUCACCUCGUAUUUGUGGUCUUACCAGCUAUUUUCUGCACCGGAGCUCUGGCAGCUGAGAGAGCUGUGCAUAGAGACAAAUUUCUAUCAAUUUUGGGAAAGAAAAAAGAUGACGACAGAGGACUGGAUAAGUCUGUUAGAUAUGAUUCCCGAGGCAAUAGGAGAUCAAAUUGGAUACGGUUAAUUCUUUUGGUUCUUUGCUUGGUUAUCUGUUGGAAGCAUUUCAAGAGUUGCAGAUCCCUCAUGAAAGCUUAUGAGAUGAAUCCGCUUCUUCAUUUUCCAGUGUAUACUCUUGCAAUUCCACUAUUGUUGGCUUCUGUCAUCCACAAAACUAAGAGGAAUUAACGAGUACGGUUAGGUUUUUUCUUAUCCGUUUUUGUUUUUCUUGCUAGUAUACUUGGUAGAUAGAGCUCAAGUUACAUUUAAAAGUAUUUGGAAGAUGGUUGCAGAAGAAAGCGAGUGGGCUGAACAACAGCUGGUUUAGUUGAAAAUGUAGCUUUAGCCUAAAACUAACUGGCAAAUUAUUUGGAUAGCCUUUGUGUCCUGAUUACAAUUUUCACAUGUACCACAGUUG